GACGUGGACUAUUCAUCAUGAACGUACAACUCUUAUGUAUCGUGAUUGUUUCUGUCGUCGUUUCCAUGGCGAUAGCUAAUAAGAGGUCGUGUAGUGGCUAUACCCACGGUACGUUGUUUCUGGACGCCGACUGUAACCGCUGUUACUGUAACGAUGGAAUGGUUACUUGCGACCAGUCGGGAGGAUGCUAUUAUGAAGGAGAGUGCCGAUUCAACAACAUGAAAUACCGUGUUGGCGAAAUCAUUUUGGAGGACAACUGCUACCAAUGCAAAUGUAUUGAGGACGGCAAGGUGUUCUGUGUCACAUUGUCAAGCUGUGAUGAUUAAAGAGGAAAUAACACUGAUUCCGCAUUUAACAUGUAUGCUUCAAUGUUAUUAGCUAAUGUUCAAGCAAGUGUCAUCUUAUAUAAAAAUGUAAAACACAGGUACUGAUUGGAAGAAAUCUGAAGUAAACUGUUAAGUCUAAAGCUGAUUGUAGCUGUUCUUGAAUAAUAAUAAUU